CCGCCAAAGACGAGGCCGAGCUGGUGUUUUUCCACUCAGCAGGAUGGGUGAUGCUCGGCGCUCGCUCAUUAGACAACAGACACGAGAGGUCAGGAAGAAAGCGCUUAUAAAUUACCGUUUCCUCCCUCGCAGCCCUGUUAGUCCGCCUUGGCACUCUCCCCGGGACACACGGGACAGACCCACGGGCAGCUAAGGCGCUGGACAGAUACCUGGUCAGAGGGGUGCCGCUGCUACAGGAAGAGAAAAUCCAUUCUGGAGAGACUCUUCUUCAUUGCCUCACCCUAUGGAGGAACCAGCACUGCCCAUCCGCAUUGAGGAGGGGACAGAAGUUCCAACGGAAAGCAAAAACAUGGCAACAAAGGAGAAACUGCAGUGUCUGAAAGAUUUCCACAAGGACAUUCUCAAACCUUCCCCUGGCAAGAGCCCUGGGACACGCCCUGAGGAUGAGGCAGAGGGGAAGCCACCACAGCGUGAAAAGUGGGCCAGCAAGAUUGACUUUCUGUUGUCUGUGGCUGGAGGAUUUAUUGGAUUAGGCAAUGUUUGGCGAUUUCCGUAUCUCUGCUACAAAAAUGGCGGAGGUGCAUUUCUCAUACCUUAUUUCAUUUUUCUGUUUGGAGGAGGUCUUCCUGUGUUUUUCCUGGAGGUGGCACUAGGACAGUAUACCUCCGAAGGAGGAAUUACAUGCUGGGAAAAGAUCUGCCCUAUCUUCACCGGAAUAGGUUAUGCUUCCAUAGUGAUCGUGUCGCUUUUGAAUGUGUAUUACAUCAUCAUCCUGGCUUGGGGACUGUACUAUCUAUUCCACUCUUUUACAAGUAAGCUGCCUUGGGCUUUCUGCGACCAAGAGUGGAACACAAAAAACUGCAUAGAAGACACUCUCAGGAAGAACAAAACCCUCUGGUUGUCACUGAAUACCACUAACUUCACUUCUCCUGUGACAGAGUUUUGGGAGCACAACGUAUUGAGCUUGUCUUCAGGAAUUGAUGAGCCUGGUGUUGUCAAGUGGGACCUGGCACUAUGUCUCCUCCUUGUCUGGGUGAUAUGUUUCUUUUGCAUUUGGAAAGGUGUAAAGUCCACUGGGAAAGUUGUGUACAUAACAGCAACAUUCCCAUUCAUCAUGCUUCUUGUACUGUUAAUCCGUGGUGUCACUUUACCUGGAGCUUCAACGGGCAUCAAGUUUUAUCUUUACCCUGACAUCUCUCGGCUAGCAGAUCCACAGGUCUGGAUAGAUGCUGGGACGCAAAUCUUCUUCUCCUAUGCAAUCUGCUUAGGUGCAAUGACUUCCUUGGGGAGCUACAAUAAAUACAAAUACAACUGCUAUAGGGACUGUUUGCUGCUGGGAUGCCUGAACAGUGGUACCAGUUUUGUGUCUGGCUUCGCAAUUUUUUCCGUCCUGGGCUUCAUGGCACAAGAGCAAGGGGUGGACAUUGCUGAUGUGGCAGAGUCAGGUCCAGGCCUGGCCUUUAUUGCCUAUCCGAAAGCUGUGUCCAUGAUGCCACUCCCAACUUUUUGGGCUAUUCUUUUUUUUAUUAUGCUUCUGUUGCUUGGCCUGGACAGCCAGUUUGUUGAAGUUGAAGGACAGAUCACGUCAUUAGUUGAUCUGUACCCAUCCUUCCUAAGGAAGGGUUACCGACGGGAAAUCUUCAUCGCUAUAAUAUGUUUCGUCAGCUAUCUUCUGGGACUAUCUAUGGUGACUGAAGGUGGCAUGUAUGUGUUUCAACUCUUUGACUACUAUGCAGCUAGUGGUGUAUGCCUUUUGUGGGUUGCAUUCUUUGAAUGCAUUGCUGUAGCCUGGGUUUAUGGCGCUGAUAAUUUUUACGAUGCCAUUGAAGAUAUGAUUGGUUACAGGCCCGGUCCCUGGAUGAAGUGGAGCUGGAUUAUAAUCACACCGGUUCUCUGUGUGGGGUGCUUUAUCUUUUCUCUGGCCAAGUAUACACCACUGACCUACAACAAGGUGUACAUAUAUCCUCAGUGGGCCAUUGGCCUGGGGUGGAUUCUUGCCCUCUCUUCUAUGGUCUGCAUCCCGCUUGUAAUGCUUAUCCGUAUUCUACAGUCCGAUGGCUCUCUCAUUGAGAGGGUGAAGGCAGUGGCUGCCCCUCGUGAGAUAACUCGGUGGGAGAAAGAAACAGAGAGCGCUGCCCCCUUCUGCCCUCCUGGAAUGGCCAAUGGAGAACUGAUCAAGCCAACUCAUAUCAUCGUGGAGACAAUGAUUUCACAGAAAGGAGUGUUGGGCCUGUAUCAUUCAAAGCAGCGUAGUAGCAUAUCGGUCACUAUAAAACCUGAAAUGGACCUCUAGACCCACUGCUGAGGAAGCUACUGCAGCGCAGGACUAUUCAGGACAUGCAGCUGAGUGAGAGAGAGAGAAAGAAGGAGAUGCAGGAGGCAGACUUAGAUCCUGAUCCUCACAGGCAUUUAAGUAGAGUCAUCAUUUGUAUCGUAUGGAGAUAAGGAAGCACAAGAAGAUGAAAUGAGCUACAAAGGCAUUUUAGUUUGGAUGAGGCAUGAAACAUCUGAACAAGAUUUUUCAUCAAUGAACUAAGCAUACAGAACUUUCCCACUUACCUCAGGAAUAAGGAUUUGCUUCUGGAAAUCUCACCUCAGUUUUGACCAAGCCCUGGUUCUUAUGGAAGGUAAUAAGAUGGUGUUGGAUAAAGGCUCUUAGACCCUCCCAUAUGGGCAUUGAUCCUGGGGGAGGUGGUGCCCCCUUUUAAGUGAGUAUUGGCACUAAACGCAAUAUGGGCAGGAUUGUAAACCAGAAAUGGCAGCAAAGCCUUUACCUGAGUACCUGUAGCCAGUUUAGUCUGUCAGUGACAGAUACUGUAGUUUAAACUGGAACCUAGCCAGUAUUUAAAAACAUUCCUAAUUACAUUUUUUUUAAAGAAAAAAGAAAACCUAAGAAAAUGUCUGCGUGUGUCCCAUGCUCUCAUUGGCCACAGCGUAUUGGUUUUACAAAUGCUUGCUAAGUCAUGUCAGGUUUUAUAUGAAAUGGAAACAACUUUAAAUAAAGGACCAAAGCACAGUUAUUUCAA